GUCAAACUUGAAUCAAUAUUGACGUUGGUGUCAUUAUGAAACUCAAAUUUAUAUAUGUUGGAAGUUUAAUCUUCUUCAUACAAAGCUGCUUUGCUUUAUACUCAAAUGUGAAUCACGUGGCGGAUCUAAACCCCAAUAAUUUCGAAAAUCUAGUAGUAAAAAGUGACGAAGUCUGGGUGGUUCAAUUUUACGCACCGUGGUGUAGCUUUUGCCAAAAUUUCGUUCCAGAAUUUACGAAAUUAGCUAACGUUCUAAGAGGAAUUAUAAAAGUGGGGGCGGUUAACGUCGACGAAUAUCGAGAACUAGCAGGAAUUUAUAAUGUUAGAGGUAUGCCGACGAUAAAAAUAUUCGCUGUAGAUAAACAGAAACCCGAGGAUUAUACUGAUGUUAAGAAUGCUAAAGAGAUUAUGAAAGCGGCUUUAAACGCAGCUACAGCUAAGAUAGUGAGCAGAUUUGACGUAAAAGAGCAACAAGAUUUUAUAAAAAACAUAAAAGAUGGUUACGUAGUCCAAUUGACAGAUAGUAAUUUCAAUGAUUUGAUAUUACUAUCGAGAGAUAUAUGGAUGGUGGAAUUUUACGCGCCAUGGUGUGGAUAUUGUCGAAAUUUAGAACCUCAUUGGAAAAAAGCAGCUGAAAAACUACGCGAUAAAAUUAAAUUUGGAGCGAUAGAUGGCACUAUUCACAAAGCUAAAGUAGCAGAAUAUGACAUCAAAGGUUAUCCUUCUAUAAAAUUAUUUAUUCCUGGUUCACCUCCGAUUGAUUACGACGGCGAAAGAACUUCGAAAGAAAUCGUAUCAUGGGCAGAAAAAAAAUAUGAUGAUACUAUCCCAACACCGGAAAUAACAGAAAUUGUGGAUGAGCAAUUAAUACUCAAACGUUGCGAAGGUAAAUAUUGGGCUUUAGUGACGUUUCUACCAGAUAUUUCGAUUUGUAAAUCAAAUUGUCGCAAAUCGUAUUUGAAAACAUUGAAAAUGUUAGCUGAAAAAUUUAAGAAAAACAACUGGUGUUGGUUGUGGUCUGAAGCUGAUGCUCAACCGGAAGUACAAGAGAUAUUGCAUGUUAGAAGAUCUGAUUAUCCAGUUAUUAUCGCUGUUAAUACUGAAACUAAAACUUACAGCAAACAUACGGGUGUAUUCAAUGAAGAACAAAUUUAUAAAUUUUUGGUUAAUUUGAACGCCGACGUAACUAUCAAACACCCGAUAGAAACCGAUACUUUUCCCGAAAUAAUUAACAUUGAACCAUGGGACGGUGAAGAUAAAUUUGAAUCUUCAACUGAGGAAAAAGAUGAAUUGUAAACAUUUUUAAAUACAGUACUUUGAAUAA